GGGUCCCUGAAAGACAGGCACAUUGAAAAUGGGAGUGAACUCUACGCCAUAUUUACACCAAAAGAAAACUUACGAGGAACUGCCAGACCCUCCCAGGAAAACAACAUGAGAAAUGAAGGCCCACACAGCGUCUUCUGUCAUGUGAUGCUAAAAGGUAGGUAUGAAAUCCAUGUGAACUUGGAUUGUGACACAUUGACUGACUUGAGAGGACGGCUUUCACUUGAGAGUGGAAUACCUUCACACGUUCUUUACCUCAAAGACUAUAGAUGUAAAGUCAAUGAUACACUACAUAAUCUUGGAAUCAGUGAAGACACGUUGCUGCAAUUCUCUUUGUCCUCAUUUCACAAUGGAGCACCGCAGAUUAAUAAAUUCUGCCAAAGUGAUGUCACACCAUCAGUGAAACAAACCGAGAAGGGCCUCAGUGCCUUUUUCUCAGUUUUGAAUGCCAUUAGAAAAAAAAAUAGAGGAGAGGGGUUCAAGAAUGUGAUUGCAUACAUUCGGAAAAUCAGUGGAUGCAAUGCCUUAGCCCAGAGCUUGUUUCAGGUUAUCUGCCAAAACAAGACUGGUACACGGGUUCAGAAGAUUGCCAUAGUUGAAGGACUGUACUAUCUCUUCAGAGAGUUGUUACCCAGCCAUACAAAAAGAUCUGAUGACAGGAUAAUUGAGGACAUGGAUGUUUUUGAGUAUUCCCCAGUUUGCUGGGCCUACCUCAUAUCUCAAGCAAAGGAUGUGAGCACAGAGCAUGAGAACUAUGCUUCAAUUUGCAUGAAGGCACAGUCAACAAAUCAGCGUUUCUCUGAGCCGGUGCGUGUCCCAGGCGUGCCUGAAGUGUUUGAGAGAGAGUAUGUGCUGGAUGUCAUUAGAGAGGGAGGAAUUAUUCCAAACUGCUCUGAACUGAAUCUUAAAGAGACCUCAAUCAAAAAAGCCACUGAUGUUGAAAAGAUUCUGCUCAGUCUCCCGCCGUUCCUUGAAUACGUCCCCUCUGGACUGACUAUGACGGCACUACACCCGAGUCCAGAAAAAUAUGGGAUGUACAUCUGCAAAGAUAAAGGGGGUCCUCAAAAGAUUGUUGUUUUCAACCCUCUUGCUGGAGAACACAUCACAGUGAACAUAGAUAAACUGGCUAAUAAACUUAGAGAUGUCAGAGAUGAUCUAACCUUCAAAGUCACGAAGACCCCAAAAGAAGCUGUUGUGGUACUUCUUGACUCAAGUUCCUCCAUGGGUGAGGAGUGUUUCGACAAAGACUGCAAAAUGACGCGAAUUGAAGCCGUCAAAGAAAUAUUUGAUUGCUUUGCCAACCGAUGCAUGGCUUAUAAUUUUGAGCAAGUUAUCUGCCUUGUGAAGUUUGACUCUAUAGUGAAAACUCUUCAUACAUUCACAGAAACAGUGGAAACCUUCAAGGAGCAUGUUCAUGGACUUCAGCCGUCUGGAGCCACUUUAUUGUAUGAUGCUUUAAAUCGUGGAUGCAAAGAACUUAACCAGAUCAGACAGAGAUUUCCAGAUUGCCGAUGUCGCAUUUUAUGCCUGACGGAUGGAAAUGAUUGUGGAUCGAUGUGUAUGCCGGUUGCCACUGCAAAAAGGUUGAUGGAUUCAAAAAUCGUUGUUGAUGCUGUGCUGAUCGGUGCAGUGGAUAACACCGAGUUACAUGGGAUCAGCAAUGUUACAGGUGGUUGCUGUUUUAAGCCUGAAACGAGCAAAGCAGCCUUGCAACUCUUCGAGAUGGAGACGGUCUUGUCAAUGGAGCUGAGGAAGGAAAAGAAAUGCUUUGAUGCAUCAUCAAUUAACAAAGUGGAUGACCUCAACAUUUUUGGGACCUGUGGUUAUGAUAUCAAACCAGAGGUUAAAUUACCUCCACAGAUACACAACAAAGUGACUCUGACAAAGAAUGCUUUGAAAAAGAGGAUCGUGGAGUCCAAGACGGGCGUCUUUCUGGAGAAGGACAAGAGGAUCUUGGAAGAGCUGAAGAAUCUCCACUGUGACCCUCAUCCGUUCUGCACAGUCCUGCCGUCUGAGGCAGAUAUGGCCUUCUGGAAGAUCCUCAUGAAAGGUCCACCUGAUACCCCGUAUGAAGACGGCGUCUUUGAGCUGUACUGUGAGUUUGGUCCUGAAUACCCAGUGAAACCACCUCUCAUGAGAUUCGUCACCUCUGUUUACCAUUGCAAUGUAAACAAUGUGGGAAGAAUCUGUCACAACAUAUUUGAUCGAAAUUACUCCGCCCACAUUACCAUGAGAGAGAUCUUGGAUGCGAUAUUCGGGCUCUUGAUCGCUCCAGAACCGGAGGAUCCUCUUGACAGCAUUUUGGCUGAAGAAUUCCAGUCCAACAAACACAAAUAUGUGGAAGAAGCCAAGAAAAGUACAAAGAUGUAUGCCAGUUCCUCCUUGGAUGACUUGGAAAAGAAAUAUGUAGGUCCGGAGUUGCAGAAAAUGGUCACUCCUCCUACUUUAACGUGUCCUCUGUCACACAAGUUGUUUGUUGAUCCAGUGAAAACUGCAGAUGGGAUGGUGUAUGAGCGCAGCGCUAUUGAGGAUCACUUGAAGCUGCAUGGAAGUACUGAUCCUCUGACUGAAGAUGUGCUACAGAUAUCACACUUAAAGCCAGACCUGAACACAAAGAAGGCUGUGAAGGAAUAUCGCAUGGCACAGAUUAAGGAAACGCCUGUUUAGGGGUUAUUAUGAUAAUCUUGUGAAUUAUGAGAGCAGUUUGAUUUGUUGUUUAUUGCUGCUUUGGACCCUUUGUUCUCACGUUUUCUAAAGAGGGUGCUUACUUUAUCUUAAUAUGUAAGAUUUUACACUUUUUAUUUCAGCAAUAUGUUGUUAUAACAUGUUGAUUUUGGUUCGAUGUUGGUUUGUGUGCUUUAAUCUGUUCAUGACUCGCUGUCAGUUGUCUGUCAGUAACAAUUACUGAAUUGCAAAUCAAUAAAAGUAAUAUUA